AAGCAUGAAUCCUUAGUCUGUCCUCCCUAUUACAAAAUUUCACUACAUGGGUUUUGUUCAAUCCCAGUUUUCCACAUAUGGGAUUUGAAUCCUUUGAUCCAUAUUGGAAGCUCAUGCACUUUGAGCUUUAAUACAUGCGUCCAUGUCAAUCUGCUGUGGGAUUCCUAUCUAUGUUUCGGAGUUGCAACAUGGUUGAACAAUGGACCGGAUUCAAACUUCUGCAGAAAGCACCUUCUGUAUUUAACUUUCCCGAAGCCGUCAACAAUUGAACUAAACUUCUUUUGCCUUUCAAAUUUCUUUAAUUCUAAAGGAGGUGCUAUGGUGGAAAAGUGCACUAUUGUUCUCCAAGAAGCAACAUCACAGCUUCCCCCGGAGACCCCGAUCGAGGGCGUCAUUGUACCCGAGGAUGUAGGUCUUCAGAUCAUGACUAAGGUCCUGGAUCAGAAGUUGGGUCGUCGUCAUGGCAAGGUUGUUCGAUGUAUGGGAAAGGCAGGGGUUCGUGAGACGGGUGCCUCCUCUUCCAGAUCGUCCACAGGAGAGGUCAAUGCCCUGAAGGAGGAAGUAACAGUCCUAAAAGGUCAGCUUGCGACCCAGGGCAAGCACAUUAGGGCCCAGGACGAGUGGAUGAGUAUGAUUGUACAGCCCUUAGCGAUGUCCGACCUCCAAAUCCCGAUGCUAGCACGUGAUCUUGCUCCACCUUCGACUUCCCAGCUAUUUCGUCAAGCCGAUACCAGUAGCAUGAUGUAUUAAACCUAGAAUACUUGUAGUUUUUUUAUUUUUUGUUCAGACAUCUUGCAUGUACAUUUUCAUAAAUUUUAUAAUUAAAUACUUGUUCUUGGUUUA